AUGAGGACGAGAAGUCUGAUUUUUACCUUGGGACUAUGCUGCAUUACGAGCCUCGCGUCCCCUACUCAGAUUGUACUGGGCUCAUCACUGGUUGAACUUCAACCUGUCCCCAGGAAGCUUCACGGUCGGUUUCUGCACAUCACAGACAUCCACCCCGAUCCGUUUUAUGAACCUGGUGCAUCCCGAGCCUCUGCAUGCCAUCGAUCCAAUCUCAAGGACAAACGUCCGGCAGGUUACUACGGAGCACCAUAUGGCUCGUGCGACUCACCAUUCCGCCUCACGAAUUUCACGCUUGACUUUUUGGAUGAACACUGGACCUCUGAAAUCGAUUUUGUAAUUUGGACUGGUGAUAAUGCAAGACACGAUAACGAUCACGACAUACCACGACCACUCGACGAAAUUUAUGACUUGAAUCGCGCUGUAGCUAAGAAGAUGGAGCAUGUAUUUUUAAGGAAAGGCAUCCCAGUCGUGCCAAGUUUAGGUGUAGGAGGAUGUCGUUAUGCCGAUCCAAAGGACCCUGGAAACAUCCACCUUGAUUGGCUUGAAGAACAGCUGGAAGCAUUUCGAUCUCGACAGAUGCAGGUGUGGAUUACAGGACAUGUACCUCCAUCUGAAAAGAUGUACUUUCCCGAAUGCUACUACCGUUUCGCAGAGUUGAACCUACGAUUCCAAGACACGAUUUUGGGUAAUUUGUAUGGGCACUUAAACGUUGACCACUUCUCUUUCCUGGACGCUGAUGAAAUCGACAUGUCUAUGAAGACUUCGUCAAGCAGAACACUCUUUCAGACGCUCAUCUCUGAGUUUUCGGAGAUACCGGAACCCCUUGAGGACACUCACUACGACAACUAUGCAGUGGUGAACACUAACGCUGCCGUUGUACCAAAUCCUUACAUUCCAUCCUUCCGAAUUUUUACGUAUAACACCACUGGACUGUCAGGAUUCGUGAAGGAUAUCGGCUCUGGUCCAUAUCUUCAAACGAUGAAGGCCACUCAGCGGCGACGUGCCUCGAACCAUGGGCAAGUUCGCACAUCCAAGAAACCGAAGUGUGAACGCAAGAAGUCCCGUAACACGUGGAGGUGCCACUUUGACAAACCCUGGCACUCUGAUAGCGAGUCGCCAUCAAGACACAACUCGUUGUGGUCGCCUCUAGGGUUCGCACAGUUUUACAUGCCAAGGUUGGCAGAGUUCGAUCAGACCCAUGAUCCAGAGUUCGAACUCGAGUACAUGACCUUCCCUCUUUCAAAAUUGCAUCCCGACGAGGAAGCACAUAAUAUCACGAAUCAUCAAUAUGUUAUUCCUCUUCAGCUUCUGCCAGAAGAACUUCGCCAACCUGGUGCUGUGGAGUCAGAGUACACGCCUUAUGAGUUGAAUGACUUGACCAUCCCAUCGUGGUUGGAUUUUGCCACGAGGCUUACGAAGAACAAGGAACUUCGAUCAAGGUUCAAGAAGUUCAUGUAUAUGGGUGGGGUGGAGGAAUGA